AUGGCUCAACCUCAAGGUUUUGUUGAUGCCGACAGCCCACAUCAUGUCUGCAGAUUACGGAAGGCGAUCUACGGUCUCAAACAAGCUCCUCGAGCAUGGUACAAUGAGCUUCAACAGUUCCUUCUUGCAUCUCGCUUCUCGAACUCCAUUGCCGACACCUCCUUAUUCAUUCUCAAUGACAAUAGUAUAACUAUCAUGUUACUUGUCUACGUUGAUGUCAUCAUUAUCAUCAGAGGCAACAAUGCUACAUCACUUCAGGACUUCAUCUCAGUUCUCGCACGUCGGUUCUUGCUCAAAGACCUUAGACCACUUGAUUAUUUCCUUGGAGUUGAAGUUGUUUCUCGCCCUCAAGGUCUUCUCCUCUCACAUCGAAUAUACAUUGCUGACUUGCUAGCUCGAACAAAGAUGACUGAUGCUCGCACUAUCAUAACUCCACUUGCCAUCUUGCUCGUCCUUACACUUCAGUCGGGUACAACCCUUACUGACCCAACCGAGUUCCAAGCUAUAGUUGGGAGUCUUCAGUAUCUCUCCCUCACUCGUCCAGACAUUGCCUAUGUAGUUAACAAACUUUCACAAUACAUGCAUCGUUCGACUACAGACCAUUGGAACGCUACCAAGAGACUUCUCAGAUAUCUAUGUGGCACCAGUGAUUACGACAUUAUGUUACAUCGUCAAUCACCUCUCGCUCUCCACGCCUACUUAGAUGCCGACUGGACAGGUAACAAAGAUGACUUCACAUCCACCAGUGCCUACAUUGUAUAUCUUGAUCGAAACCUGAUAUCCUGGAGUUCGAAGAAACAAUGA